AUGUUCCAGAAGUCCUAUUGGCUGGAGUGCUUUGGUGGUGAUAAACGCGAGAUGAUUUCUGAUGAUGAUGUUGAUGACAAUGAUGAGCGAUCGAUUCCUCGUGAGAAGGUGGAUGCGUAUAAGGAGGCGCUCAGGAAAGCAGGAAAGUGUGUGGAAAUCACCAAACUUUGUAAAAAGUUCAAAGGCGCUUCUGGUGAAACCAUAACUGCUGUGAACGGCGUGACUAUGUCCAUGUAUGAGGGCGAAAUUUUCGCACUGUUGGGCCACAACGGCGCGGGUAAAACGACUACGAUGGGCGCGAUUACUGGUUUCCUAUCGCCGACAUCUGGCAGAGUGAGCGUGUACGGUUUGGAGAUUCCCAAAGAUAUGGCAGCAAUAAGAUGCAUCACAGGUGUGUGUCCUCAGCAUAAUGCGCUGUGGCCAGAGUUGACAGCGAUGGAGCACUUGGAGUGCUUUGGUGGUAUCCGGGGCUUCAAUAGGAGCUCGAAGGCUUUCCGAGAUUCUUGUGAUCACCUGUUGCUGGAAGUCGGCUUAGGGGGGAGAAGGGACUUCCGAUCUGAUAGUCUCAGCGGCGGCAUGCAGAGAAAAUUAUCGGUGGCGAUCGCGUUUGUUGGUGAUCCUAAAUUGGUAAUACUGGAUGAGCCCACUUCGGGGAUGGACCCGUAUGCGCGUCGAACUACUUGGGAGCUUUUGAAGGCGCGAAGACCGGGCAGAAUUAUAUGUCUUACUACGCACUACAUGGACGAGGCUGACGUAUUGGGUGAUAGAAUUGCUAUAAUGGGCAGUGGGGAGUUGAAGUGUUUGGGAUCGUCGAGUUUCCUGAAGAAGUGUUAUGGUUGUGGUUAUGUAUUGAGUUUUGUGAAGAAAAAGGAGAUUCACGAGGGAGAUGAGUCGGUGGUGAAGUUUCUUAAGGAGCGUAUAGGCGAUAGGAGCCUGGUUGGACAGGUCAAGGUCCUCUCAUCUGCUGGCCUGGAGCUACUAGUGCAAGUGCCGUUUGCUGCAGCUAAGGACUUUCCGGCGCUCAUGGACGAUCUUGACGCUGAGAUAGCUGGCAGAAGUGACACGUUGAAAGGCCUGGCUCACAGUUCACUUCAGUUGAUCACGUAUGGCGUGUCGGUGACGAAUUUGGAAGAAGUGUUUCUGAGAGUUGCGGACCCGAGUGCGGAGGAACGAUCGGAAAGUGUUAUAGCAAAUUCACGAUGCUCUACCACGGCCUACUGGAUAGCUCACUUCAUUUUCGAUACGGCUUUCAACCUGUUCACAGUUGCUGUUGCAAUAGCAGUGCUGUAUGCGUUUGAUAUGGAAGCAUUCACAGAUUCGGAUAAAAUCGCUCCAACGAUUAUGCUACUGUUGUUGUUCGCCCCGUCAGCCUCAACGUACGCAUAUUUGAUAUCAUUUUUGUACAAGACGCAAUUCUCCGCGCAAACGGUGACGAUAGUGCUGAACAUUGCUGUUGGAACGAUCGUGGUUAUUGUGGUUUCGGUGCUACAAACGAUUCCUGAGGAAUUCUGCGAGGAUUGUUUGGUAAGGCGAGGAGCGAUAUUAUGUGUGAUGCGAAUCUAUUUUUUCUGUAGUAGUGUUGGAGGAAUAUGCGUUUACUUUGUACAGAACUUUCAUAUUGUCACCAACAUAUAUGGUUUAAUGGAGUUUCACGACUGUGAUAUGAAAAACACUAGUGAAAAAUAUAAUUUACGACUACUACUGGCCGCGAGUAUCGCGUUUUUCACCGAGUUUUACGCCACUUCACGUAAAACGGUUUUACGCGUUAUUCAUUGGAUUUUCACGACUGUGAUAUGGAUAACACGUUUCACGACUACUGAAUAUCACCGCGAAUAUCGCGUUUUUCGCCGAGUAUUACGCCACUUCACUGGUUUUACUCUACCUGAGAAAAUUACCGCGCGCGACGAAAUUAUGUUUAGUUACAUCCCGAGAGGCUCCCUAGUAGCUGAUCCCUCGAGAGCUGUGCAUGCAGUGAAAGGAGUUUCCUUUGCUGCUGAUUCGGGACAAGUAUUUGGGUUGUUGGGAAUCAAUGGUGCUGGGAAGACUACGACAUUCAAAGUUAUGUGCGGACUGUAUGCACCUACGGAGGGCGAGGUGUGGGUCGCUGGAACUACGGUUGGUGCAGAUACUGCGAAGUGUCGAAGGAACCUCGGCUAUUGUCCGCAGUUCGACGCGCUCCUGGAUCAGAUGACCACGAAGGAGCAUCUUGAGCUGUAUGGUCGUUUGAAAGGGCUGAAAGGACAUCUCCUUGAUAGUGCAGUUGGGAGUACGUUGAAGCAGUUGUCAUUGGAAGCGUAUAGGGAUAAGCGCGCUGGAAGUCUAAGUGGAGGAAACAAAAGGAAACUCUCCGUGGGAAUGGCAAUUAUCGGUCGUCCUCGUAUUGUAUUCCUCGAUGAGCCCAGCACUGGUAUGGAUCCUGUAUCGAGACGCUUCCUGUGGGGAGUAAUUCAACAGCUGGCAAUCAGCCGCAAAAGUGUUGUGGUUCUUACAACACACUCUAUGNNNNUCAACAGUUUUACUGGAGCGCCAUGGUAA